CAAAAUAAAUAUGAUUAAAAGAUAGCUUUAUUGUGUUGUGAUAUGAUUAUGGUCGUCAACAAAGCCAUUGUAAGUGAAAGACGUGUGCGAUCGUUUAUUGGUGAGGUUCUGUUUGUGUCUAAUCGUCGAAUGUGAUUCGUUAUAUACUGGGCGCCAGUAUUUGAUCGAGUCGAUAUCAAAUCACUUAAAAUAUGAUCCACGAAUCAUGAUAAUUUCAGAAAAUAAAAUUCUCGAUAAACAUAAAUAUAUAGUGCAAAAAAAUUUGAUUGACUUUAGGUGUAAUUAUGCGGGUUUUCAGAACUAAUAUGUGAUGUUUUUAACAAAUAUCUGUGUGCCACCAAUCGACCUGACUUGCGUCGAAUAUCAAAAACAUGACAGUAUAAUUAAAUUAUGUGAUAUUUUUUGUUAAUUAUUUUAUUGGUAACUUGAAAAAAUGUUGUAUAGUAAUUUUGUUUUCAUGAUGAUUUAUUAAUAGGUCUAGAUUAUUUUUUGUUUGGCAAAAUUUCUGUAUACUGUCAUCUUGUUUUGUUUUUGAUUCAAAAUCAAGAAAGAGGAUCUCAGUGUAAGUAUUUUAACAUGGAUACUCACGACUUACGCAAAGGACCAACUGUAAUGUCGCCAAAUUGUUCAAAUUGUAAGCCAGAACCACUGCCAAAAAUGCGUCGCAGAUGCAAAAGUGAAACUCUAGAUGCUCAUCGAAUAAAUAAGAGGCCACCUUUUUUUAAUAGUGACAAAUUAACUGCUCUAGGUACAAAUAAUGAUAGCCAAAUCGAUUAUCAAAAAAACAGCAACAUAAAUGAAAAAUCCCCCAAAAAGUAUUAUCAGCAUAAUUCACCUAAAGCUGAUGCUGCAUUUGCCAAUGAAUUAUUUUUCAACUCAAACUUUACAUAUAAAGAUAAGCCUAAAUCUUCCUCGGCCUCUAAGACUUAUGAGAAUGGCUUAUAUAAUAUGGAUCCAAAAAUUUUGUGCAAUGGGUUUGAUAAAAAUUUUAGUACAAAUAACAGCUUUAAACCACAUGUGAUAGACAAACAAGCAUUUAUUAACCUUCAUCCAAAGUUAUUUCAAGAGAUCUCGCCGUCCAAGCUUGAUGCAAAACGAAAAGAGGAAACAUAUAGGCAGUUUUGUCAUGAUGUUGAUACAUUGCGUGGAAAGCUGAAUCAUCUGAAAAAUGAUACUAACCAACAUAUGAAUUUAGAAAAUUAUAUCAAGAAAAGCAUUAUACAAGCGAAUAAAUACAAAGAGAAUGGGGAAAAGGCCAAUGAAAAUUCAUGUUUUAACUGUAAUGUUUCAAAUCAAACUAUCAAACAAAAUAGUAUAGCUGCUGAUAAUGUUAUGCAUCGAACUGCCUGCAGAUCUGAUAAAUUAAAAGAUAAAUCUGUUAAUAAUUAUGUUCAAAAUCAAAGUCCAUUGAAAUGGCAGGGUGAAAAAUCAUUCAACUUCCAUGCUUUAGCUGUUUUUAAAGGAGUACAUGAUUCUAAUAUGUUACUAACUAGUGGUGCUGAUGAUGAUUCACCCAACCAAAUUCAGAAAACCAAAACAAAGAGGCGUGUUCGAGCUAAAAGUGAAUCUGAUACAGUUUCUCAAGUGCAAACAAAGAGCAGCCCUACUUGCAAUAUGGCAUUGACCAAACGAACUCAUGAUGUUUUACCUAAACCUGCUCAUGCUUCCAAGCAAAUAAGUUCAUUACAUACAACUCCAAGAAAGGAACCUAUUAUGAGACCUGAAUUAGGUUGCCAAAUGGCACUUCAUGGAAUAGCAGAUGAUAUUCUUAAAGAUCUGAAACAUGCAUAUAAUAAUAAAAAUGAUGUUACUUGUGAUUUUCAUCCAAUGCAGAUAUUACAGCCUUCAGUCAAUAAGUAUUCACCUGUUAAAAAAUUAAACCCAUUAGAUAGCAGUUUUAUCGAAGUAUCUAAAAAUCAAAAACCUGCUUUAAAAAAUCCAAGUAUUCUUUCAUCAACACUAACAGCUGGCACAACAGUAUUAGAUGAUGAACAUGAGUGUGGAAUGGAGAUGUCUGAUGGCCUAGGUUCAGAUUCUGAUGGAGGUUGCAGUGAUUCGGAUAAUAACGAAACAAGCUAUACAUUAGAUAACUUAUGUGUCUAUGGUGAUUUAGUUGCACAGGGGGAUUCUUUAAUGGGUUGUCCUUUUACACCUAGCCUUUUUCCUAAUGUACCACCAUCUAUAAAUUUUGCUGAUCAUUCUGCCAAAACAUCGACAAUGCCUUUGAAUGUUUAUCGGAUAUUGAAGUGGAAGCUAACAAAUAUCACGCCUAUUGUUGUCAGAAAGACUCUGCUAAAUUCAGGAUUUCGUCUUUUGAGAAACACAAAUGAUUGGAUGGGCACAUGGGGUAAACACAUGAAGAGCCCUUGUUUUAGGACUCUUAGAAGCCAUCAAAAAAUUAAUCAUUUUCCUGGUACAUUUCAAAUAGGUCGAAAGGAUCGUCUUUGGAGAAAUAUGCACAAAUGUAUCUUAAAAUUUGGAAAACGUGAGUUUGGUUUCAUACCUAGAACCUAUGUUCUUCCACAAGAUUUAAAAUUGUUAAGGCAAUCUUGGGAUCAUUAUAGUCAACUUGAAGAAAAAUGGAUUAUUAAACCACCUGCUUCAGCAAGGGGGACAGGUAUUCGAGUAGUUCACAGAUGGUCUCAGAUUCCAAAACGAAAACCCACUGUUGUUCAAAAAUAUAUAGCUCGACCUCUAUUGAUUAAUGGCAGCAAAUUUGAUUUGAGAUUAUAUGUGCUUGUAACUUCAAUGCAUCCUCUAAGAAUAUAUUUAUAUCCAGAAGGCUUGGCUAGAUUUGCUUCAGUCAAAUACAAUGAUGAUCCUACUUAUUUAAGUGAUCGAUACAUGCAUUUAACUAAUUAUAGCAUUAAUAAGCUAUCAACAACGUACAAAGCUAAUGAAGAUGCUAAAGCUUGUGAUGGACAUAAAUGGACACUUUCUUCUUUAUGGAAUUAUUUAUCAGAGCAAGGGGUGAAUGUAGAAGGAUUACGGAAAUCGUUAGCCGACUUGGUGAUACGAACGAUUGUGUGUGGUGAAAGUACUAUUCAAGUUUUGAGUCGAUUGAAUAUGGCAAGCCGUUACAAUUGUUAUGAGUUAUUUGGCAUUGAUGUAUUGCUGGAUUCUGAGCUCAAGCCAUGGUUACUUGAGGUAAACAUUUCACCGUCGUUGCAUUCAGCUAGUCCUCUUGAUCUUCAUGUUAAAGGUCCACUGGUUAAAGCACUGUUUAACACAGCACUAUACAAAAUACCUCCAAAAUUAACAGAAGGUGAACAGCAAAAAAUACUCAAGGAAUUUAAACUUGAUGGUCCGUUGUGUUAUGACAAAAGAUUAUAUUGUACUACUUUAUCAAGACAAGAAAAAGAAAAACAUUUGGAAUUUGCAGCAGUAGAGAAACGUAGUGUGUAUCUUUACACUAUAUUGGAACAUUUAACUCCUGAUGAUGUACGGCAUUUAAUACAAGCUGAAGACGAAUUAGUACAUUGUGCACCUUUAGAGAGAAUAUUUCCUACAAGUACAACACACAAUUAUUUACAGUAUUUUGAAUCUCCACGUUACUACAAUAGAUUAUUUGAUGCCUGGGAACACAAAUAUGCAAAGAAAAGGAGUGAUGGUGUAGCACUUUUAAGACGGCUGUGUGCAGAUAAUGUUCAUUUGGAUGUACCACCUCAUUCAACAAUUUCAAAUCUUUCUGGUGCUGGUGGUUGUAGGGCUCCAUCACCGCUCUUAAACCGGUGGGAGAGGUGCGCCAUGCAAGGGAUGCGGCCGAUGAGAAACAGAGCACCCCAAAUGCGAAUGAACCCGCCGUCACAUCUUUUCAAAUUCAGAGCCAAGAAGCGCAAUUCUAGCCGGGACAAGUUCUUCUCUCUGGGAUAGUGCAAAUAAAUAUACAUAUGCCAUGGAUUUGAACAAUUUGAUUGUUAAUUAAAAAU